AUGGCACCUAAGGUCGCCCACACCGAGCAACCACACGAGGAAAAGAAAACUGGAGGCUCAAUAGAUGGGUUGACUCGAGGAAUUCGUGCCAUCCUACUUGGGCCCCCUGGAGCUGGAAAGGGCACGCAAGCUGGAGAUCUAUCGAGGAAAUACGAGUCGUGCCAUCUGGCAACCGGUGAUAUGUUGAGGGCUGAGGUAGCUUCUGGAAGCGAGCUGGGGAAGAACUUUAAAACAGACGAUGGACGAAGGGAAGCUCAGUGCGCGAAGGGAUUCAUUCUUGAUGGAUUUCCACGAACGACUGUCCAGGCUCAAAAGUUGGACACCCUCCUCGAGAAACGAAAGACACCACUGGAUACCGUUGUUGAAUUUAAAAUCGACGACAAUCUCCUUGUGCGACGUAUCACUGGCCGUCUUUUCCAUCGUGAGAGUGGUCGUUCGUAUCACGUCGAGUUCAAUCCACCAAAGGUGGCCGGUAAGGAUGAUCUCACUGGUGAACCGUUGAUCAAGCGCUCGGACGACAACGAAGAAACGCUGAGGAAACGAUUGUUGCAAUAUCAUGAAAUGACGUCACCCCUGGUUGGAUACUAUCAGAAACGAGGAGUCCACACGGCUUUUGAUGCUUCCAGACCCAUCAAGGAUGUGAGCGCCGAGAUCGACGCUCUCUUCGAGAAGUUCACCAAAAACAAGGAUCGACGCAUGUUUGCC